UCUUUCUGGGAAUCGGAGAAGAAGGAAGACAUGUUCAAGAACACAUUUCAGUCUGGCUUCCUCUCUAUUCUUUACAGUCUAGGAAGUAAGCCUCUUCAGAUAUGGGAUAUAGAAGUUGAGGAUGGACAUGUGAAGCGUUGCCGUGAUGAUGACAUACAAUCCAAUGUGCUUGAAGUAGUUGGAUCAAACAUCAAGUCUACGUACAUUACAUGUCCCGCUGAUCUCUCAGCAACUCUUGGUAUCAAGCUUCCUUUUCUGGUAUGGGUAGUGAAGAACAUGAAGAAGUAUUUCUCCUUCAAGAUUCAGAUUCUUGAUGAUAAGAAUGUUCGUAGGCGUUUCCGAGCUUCUAACUUUCAAUCUGUGACUAUAGUGAAGCCAUAUAUUUGUACAAUGUCAUUGAAGAUGGAUGAGGGGUGGAAUCCGAUACAGUUGAAUUUACCUGAUCUUACUAGGAGGGCUUAUGGGACUAAUUACGCUGUGACUUUGCGAUUUCAGGUUCAUGCUAACUGCCGUCUCAGGAGGAUUUAUUUUGCUGACCGUCUCUACUCAGAUGAAGAGCUUCCUCCGGAGUUUAAGCUCUGCCUCCCAAUGCAGAAAGCAUGAGUGUUUAUGCCAUUGUCGGAUAGACCUAGAACAUCUACGUUAGGUGUGAGAGUUCAUGGCUUGUAGCAUCCAUGGUAUGUGGAAUUUGCCACACCGAGCACAGCUUGACUUGAUAACUUAAAGUUGUUAUGUCUUUAUGAAAAGGGAUCAUGUAUGCUUUAGAUUUUCACAUGAAUACUGUACAUGAUCUUCAGUCAAGGUAAAUUACAAAUGUU